AUGACCGAAGACAGUGUCAGGGCUUUCUUGACCGACUACUUCCUGGAUUCCAAUUCAUUGUUUGGCAAGUCAAGAGAUUGUUGGGAGACGUUCUAUGAGAAGAAUCAUCACCCAGAUUACACACAUGUCCGAAAUACCGGUGGUGUCUGGACCUCCAAAGAUGUGAUUAAUGUUCUCUCUUCGGGGGUACUGAACGGGAAACGGCUUUUGGUUUCUAUCGACAACGUUAUUCUGCUGGCAGAGGGACGAACGGCGGUCGUGACAUAUACCAUUGAUCAAAUCUUCACCUUUAAGGGCGUAGAAAACUCAGACCGCUGCGUGUACACCUUGGUGCUGGCAGAAAUCGAUGGCCAGCCCAAAAUGGUACAAGAGCAGCGCUCCAAUGGAAUGCCUAUUCCUGAACCACAAUCAAGGUGGAAGACUAACGCAGACACACAAGGACAUCACAAUCACAUUGCUGACUACAACUAUGGAGAUGAGCAAAGUAGUAGCAAUGCAAGUGUCAACCAUGUACCUAGUCGCCAAAGCAGAAAUGACAACCCCAAGCAUGCCGAUCCACCAAGAAAGCCUAGUGCAAGACGGGCAAGUGCCAGGAAUGAGGGUGCUGCAGCUUCGGAUCCCUGA